GGCGGUGGCGGCGGCGGCUUCCGGAGCAAAGCUGAAGGUAGCGGUGGGGGUGCCCAGCCAUGAUGCCCUUUGGUGGGAUGGCUGCUCGUCUGGAGAGGGACCGCCUGAGAGCCGAGGGGGUCGGCCAACACAACAAUGCCAUCAAGUACUUCAAUCAGGACUAUGAGGCCCUCAAACAGGAGUGCCUUGAGAGGGGCACGCUCUUUAGGGACCCGCAGUUCCCCGCUGGCCCCUCUGCCCUCGGAUUCAAGGAGCUGGGGCCACACUCCAGCAAGACACAGGGAGUGGAGUGGAAGCGUCCAUCGGAAUUAGUGGAUGACCCUCAGUUCAUCGUUGGUGGUGCAACCCGGACGGACAUCUGCCAGGGGGCUCUGGGUGACUGCUGGCUGCUGGCUGCCAUCGGCUCCCUCACGCUCAACGAGGACCUCCUGCACCGUGUGGUGCCCCACGGGCAGAGCUUCCAGGAGGACUAUGCUGGCAUUUUCCACUUCCAGAUCUGGCAGUUCGGUGAGUGGGUGGACGUGGUGGUGGAUGACCAGCUGCCCACCAAGGACGGGGAGCUCCUCUUUGUCCACUCAGCGGAGUGCACCGAGUUCUGGAGUGCUCUGCUGGAGAAGGCCUAUGCCAAGCUGAACGGCUGCUAUGAGGCCCUGUCGGGGGGCAGCACCACCGAGGGCUUUGAGGACUUCACCGGCGGCGUGGCAGAGAUGUACGACCUCAAGCAGCCGCCGCGCAACAUGGGCCAUAUCAUCCGCAAGGCACUGGAGAGGGGCUCCCUGCUGGGCUGCUCCAUCGACAUCACAAGUGCCUUUGAUAUGGAAGCAGUGACCUUCAAGAAGCUGGUGAAGGGACACGCCUAUUCUGUCACAGCCUUCAGAGAGGUGAACUACCGGGGCCAGCAGGAACAGCUCAUCCGCAUCAGGAACCCCUGGGGCCAGGUGGAGUGGACCGGAGCCUGGAGCGAUGGCUCCUCCGAGUGGGACAACAUCGACCCUGGUGACAGGGAAGAGCUGCAGCUGAGGAUGGAAGAUGGAGAGUUCUGGAUGUCUUUCCGGGACUUCAUGAGGGAGUUCUCCAGGCUGGAGAUCUGCAACCUGACCCCUGAUGCCCUCACCAAGGAUGAGCUGAGCAGGUGGCACACGCAGGUGUUUGAGGGCACCUGGCGCCGUGGGAGCAGUGCCGGUGGCUGCAGGAAUCACCCAGCCACAUUCUGGAUCAACCCCCAGUUUAAGAUCAAGCUGCUGGAAGAGGAUGAUGACCCCGGGGAUGACGAGGUGGCCUGCAGCUUCCUGGUGGCUCUGAUGCAGAAGCACCGGCGGCGGGAGCGGCGGGUGGGAGGUGACAUGCACACCAUCGGCUUCGCUGUCUACGAGGUUCCUGAGGAGGCCCAGGGCAGCCAGAACGUGCACUUGAAGAAGGACUUCUUCCUGCGAAACCAGUCACGGGCACGGUCUGAGACCUUCAUCAACCUGCGGGAGGUGAGCAACCAGAUCCGGCUGCCCCCUGGUGAGUACAUCGUGGUGCCCUCCACCUUCGAGCCGCACAAGGAGGCCGACUUCAUCCUGCGGGUCUUCACUGAGAAGCAGUCAGACACAGCGGAGCUGGACGAGGAGAUCUCGGCAGAUCUGGCUGAUGAGGAAAUAACUGAGGAUGACAUAGAGGACAGCUUCAAGAACAUGUUCCAGCAGCUGGCAGGGGAGGACAUGGAAAUCAGUGUCUUCGAGCUCCGUAUUAUUCUGAACAGAGUCAUCGCUAGACACAAAGACCUGAAGACGGAUGGGUUCAGCCUGGAUUCCUGCCGCAACAUGGUCAACCUGAUGGAUAAAGAUGGCAGUGCCCGCCUUGGGCUGGUGGAGUUUCAGAUCUUGUGGAACAAGAUCCGGAGCUGGCUGACGAUCUUCCGCCAGCAUGACCUGGACAAGUCAGGCACUAUGAGCUCCUAUGAGAUGCGCAUGGCUCUGGAGUCAGCUGGUUUCAAGCUGAACAACAAGCUGCACCAGGUGGUGGUGGCCCGCUACGCAGACGAUGACAUGGGUGUGGACUUCGACAACUUUGUCUGCUGCCUUGUGAAGCUGGAGGCCAUGUUCAGGUUCUUCCACAGCAUGGAUGCUGAGGGCACUGGCACCGCCGUCAUGAAUCUCACCGAG